UUAAAACCCCACGGCCACGGGAAAAAAAAAAAAAAAAACAUUAGUAAAACAUUCCCUAAAUUCUUCUCAUCUUUCAUCCAAAUCCAUAAUCCAAACUCUCUCUCUCUCUCUCUCUCUCUCUCUCUCCGAUGGAUCGCAGAUCGUUGAAUUUCGCAACGGUGUGUUUGAUACUGUUUGCGAUCCAAUCGUCGUCGACGACGGCUCUGAUUUCCACCCCCGACCUCAAUCCACCCUAUCCCAAAGCAAUCUCUGAUCUUAAAGAAGCGAUUGUAAAGGGGUUAGGGUUUCAAACGGAAGACUUCAAAAUCACUGGUUUUGAUUUGAGAGACGUGUUGGUAGGUCAGUCAGUGGCCUAUGAGUUCGAUGUUGAAAUUGAUAAUAAGGUUCUCCCAUUUAGGCUAUUGGAGGAUGUGAACAGAUGGGAUUACGUGGAUUUGCCUAUAUUUCAGGAGGAGGGUUUAGUGAGAUCAGGUGAUGAGAAUGGGUUGGUUGAGAGACGGAAAAUGGAAAGUGGGUUGCCCGUUUUGUCUCCGUUCCAACUGGCAGGUCCGAUGGAGUUGUGGAUACAGGAUGCCAAAGAUAUGAGGCUUUCGUUGCCGCAUGACGUGGAUGCCGGUGUCCUUAAAAAGGUGAUCUUAGCAGAUGGAGCCGUGGUUACGGUAAAAGGUGCCAGAUCGGUUAGCCUCCGUCACCCAAUUGAACUCCCACUCCCCCUAAACAUCACCCACAGCAGUUUUGCAUCCGGUCUUCUCUCUCUGGCAGAACAUCUCCGUCACACAUCACGCACUCAAGGCGCCCCUCUCCUCUCUCUCCGCAUCGUUGGCCCCACCUCCCUCACUUCCCCUUCCUCAUCAUCACCUUCUUCCAAUAACAGGCUUAAACUCAGGCGCCUCGCCCCAGGCCUUGUGGAGCUCUCUUCACCAUCCAAGACAAAAUCUUUUGAGCCCAUCUCAGCCACUGAUCUACAAGGAGAAGUAAAUACCCUUCUGACUCCAGAUCAGUUCACUACUCUAUGGCCCCUUACUUCGAUCAAUGGGUCCAACUCCAAUCUGCGUGGUUUUGAGGCAUUGCUUUCUUCCGUGUUGGGACCAAAAGCCAACGAGGAAGGCUCUUUCAAGUUGCUGAAGGCGGAUGUGUCCGCUCGGACCUUUGUGAAGAUGGGUUUUGGAGUGGAGAAGUUGAAAGAAGGUGAUGGGCAUGAGUUUGAGGGUUUUCCAGAGUGGAGGACAAAGCCGGAGACUGUGAGGAUGCAUUUUGAGGUGUUGGCUAAGGUUGACGGAGACAAGGUUGUGCCGGAGAGGGUGGUGCAGGUUAAUCCGGUCGAGGUGGAGGACAGCGUAGCACCGAACGUGCUUACUGGGAACGUGACCAUGUCGAAGGUCCCUAUUGUUCACCCUCCCCCAAAUCCCUUCACAUUGUAAUCUGUUGGAUGGAUUGAUUUUUGUAUCAAGUUAAAGGAAGUGAAAAGUUGAUAAUCUUUUUUCUUUUGAUUUUACAAAAA